AUGCACGCCGAGUGGCGGCCCAUGCAAGGGUCCGACCCCGCCGCCGGAGGCGAUUGGCGCGCCCAGCUCCAGCCUGAGGAGCGCAGCAGGGCCGUCCAUAAGAUGAUGGAAACUCUGCAGAAGUGUCUGCCAGUGUCAGUGCCAGAGAGGCUGAACGAAUUUCUAGAAAUUGCUGUGCAAUUCGAAGAGAAUAUCUAUACCGCAGCGACCAACCAUUCUGACUAUCUUCGGAAGAUUUCUCGGAAAUUGCUCACUAUGGCUCCUGUAAAUGCGCAAGUGAUUUCAAACCAAAACAACCCGGUUCAAGCAUAUGCGGACUCUACUGCUCAAACAGGCCAUGCAGGUGGAGGUAAUUGGCAGGAGGAGAUAUAUCAAAUGAUUAAGAGGUUGAAGGGCCAAUACUUUGUAGAACUCAAUGAAUUGUUCAAUAAGGUCUCUGUGAAGCUACAGCAGAUUGACAGCCUCAUACCACCUCAAGAGCCAUCUGAGCAGUAUGAAUUAUUGAAGAGAUUUAAAAUAAUGUUGGACCGUAUAUUACAAGUUCUGCAAAUUAGUAAGAGUGCUAUCCAGCCUUCUAUUAGGCACAAAGUUCCGCAAUGCGAGGAACAGAUUAUCCGUAUCUUGACUUCACGAAGAAGGAAGCUAGUGCAACCACAAGCACCGCAACGGUUCCAGCCACCUGCAGGACAAGCUUCUAAUUUCAACAUUUCACAUCAACAACAUCCUUCCCAAAGUCUGUCGCAGCAUGAUAGUCAUACCAAUCUUCAAGCAAGUUUGUCAAGCACCGCACAGCAAAAUGGUUCAAACGUAGAGCGGCAGGCAGGCUAUGCUGUGGAGGCUGCUCAAGGAAGCAAUUUCAGUUCCUGGCAGUCUGGUUCAAUGGGUGGCACAUUACGACAGGGAAGCGCUGGGCUGAUGCAGGGUACGAUGAAUGUUCAACUGCAGACAGGCAGUAGUAGCAUGUUAUCUCACCUCUCAGGGCAGAGGGAACACAUGACCAAGCGGAAGUGGCGCGACACCCUUUGAUUUGGUUUUAGGAACAUGGUAGGAUUGUUUUGGCAAUUGUGUAUUGCUUGGAUUUAAUGUUGAGAAGGGGCUGGAUCCAUUGAGAAGUGCAUAAGAUUAGCUUUUAAAAAGAAGUUCAAGAUGCCCUAAUUCGGACUCCCCAUGCAACUGAUAUGGAUGGUGAAAGUGAGAGCUAUCUCAGCCAUCUGAAGCAGAAGUGUGGGGGACUUCAUUUCGAACUUCUGCACUCAAGAUGUUGUGAGAGAACCUGUACAAUGUAAGAACAGUGGAUUUGUUUCUUUCGGUGCUUGGUGGGAAAGUUUAAAUUCAUAUUUACUAUGUACCUUUUGUGA